AUGCAUCUCAAUGUUCCCACAUUUUAUCUUAUCUUAACCACAACCACCAUGUCCAGUGCAACCGUCGACAUCCCACAGGCCGUCAAGGAUUCGUUGCGCAAGUUCAGAUUCGCCCGUCGAAAUGCAGGCACAGCGGCCAUCGUCAUCAAGAUCAACAAGGCGAAGCUGAUCAUGGAGGAGGUUGAGCAGUUCGACAACAUCAGUAUCGAGGAGCUAGCUGAAGAGCUGCCGGAGAACUCGCCCAGAUAUGUUGUGCUCUCACACGAACUGAAGCACAAGGAUGGGAGAACGUCUUUCCCUCUCGUGCUCAUCAACUGGGCGCCGACGACGAGCGAAACUGGCAUGCUCACAUUACAUGCCAGCGCGUUGCUCAAUUUCCAGAACACGGCCGAUGUGAGCAAAGUCAUCGAGAUUCGCGAGGGUCCAGAAGCUCUCACCAAGGAGGAGGUCGACUCGAAGCUCCUUUCCUGA